AUGGAAGGAAGGGUGGAAGCAUGCGAGGGGAGCGAGAAGGCGGCGGCGAAGCAGCAGCUGCUGGCGAGGAGCGGCAGCAGGAGCAGCCGGACGCCGGGCCGGAGGAGGUGGCGGUCCUCGUCGAUGGACCUGGAUAGCGAGGCGUCGAAGGUGGCCACGGGCGGCGGCGGCGGCGGCACCAGCGCCGCCGCUUCCGCGAUGAUGCUCACCCGGAGCUACUCCACCACCGCGGCCGUGGACGGCGGCGGCGGCGGCGGCGUGGGGCAGCAGCAAGCAGCGGAGGGGGAGCAGAGAAGGCUCGGGGCGGGCGCGCGGCUGGCCCGGAAGAUCAAGGAGCAGCGGGCGCGCUUCUACAUCGUGCGCCGCUGCGUCUCCAUGCUCGUCUGCUGGCACGACGACGCCUAG